UCAUUUCAGAAAGUGAUAUUUUAUGGAACAAAAGAAAAAAAAAAAGCAAACCUACCAAACCCUUUUCUCGUAAAGAGUAGUAGUAGUAUAAUAAUAAUAAGGCGGUCGGUGAGUGCACUCACUCUUUCUACCUCUCUCUCUGUCACUGUUGUUUUCUGUGCUUUGAGAUCUCCACGAACAAAAAAAAUGGCUGCAAGAUUCUUGUGGGCUUCCAGGGCUGCUUCUCAUCUAAGGAUCUCCAUCGCCCAACGAGGGUUUUCUUCAGUGGUUUUGAAGGAUCUGAAGUAUGCUGAAUCACAUGAAUGGGUGAAGAUUGAUGGGAACAAAGCGACCUUUGGUAUAACGGAUCACGCUCAGGACCACUUGGGUGAUGUGGUCUAUGUUGAGUUGCCUGACUUGGGGAGAUCGGUGUCACAAGGUGAGAGUUUUGGAGCGGUUGAGAGUGUGAAAGCUACCAGUGAUAUCAAUUCUCCCGUCUCCGGUAAGGUGGUCGAAGUCAAUGAGGUGCUGUCCGAGUCCCCUGGAUUGGUGAACACGAGCCCGUAUGAAGAAGGAUGGAUCAUAAAGGUGGAGCUGAGUGAUGCAGGCGAGGUAGAGAAGUUGAUGGAUUCUGACAAGUACUCCAAGUUCUGCGAAGAAGAAGACGCCAAGCACUGAGCUUUUGUUUUUUCUUCUUGAAGCUUCCAUUGCAACACAGGUUGAUGUUGUUUUCUCAAACGAAAUCUUAAUUUAUGUACAUGGAUGAAUCAAGAAAAUCCUGAAGAUUUCGAUCUCUGCUUCUCCUUUUUAUGUUUUUGAACUCUUUCUAUUGUUUGAGAAUAAAUGGUACAAGAUAAUAAAGCCCUGUUCUUUUGGAGAA